GAAGAUGCCGUGCGCUUUUUCUCGGAAACAAUGCGCGUGCCAGCGGCAUUGAUUGGAUCCGCAGCAUUGGGCAUGCUUUUUCUGCCACCCUGGAAGUUUGGCUGGUGCAAGGACGAUCGCCCACAACUGGAAGUGUUCGAUUUCCUUUACCGCGCAUACGUAAUCCUGACAGCUGCCACAUUCUGCCUGGAGCUGACCACGGUUCUGGAGACAUCAAAUGCGCACGUUCAACUCCUCGAGCUGGGUCGGCAUGGCUUGGUCUUGGAGCCCACUGCCAUGGAUCUGAUCAUGGCGAACCUCGAGUUUGA